AUGGGUUUUUUUCGUGGGGAAGAAUCUGAAGAUAAGAAUACCAAGGAUGAAGAUCAUGAUGUGGUGUGCAUUCGUUUAGAAGAUAAAUCCAAUGGUUUUCCUUUGGCUUCUUGUCCUCUCUCUGUCUCUAAACCAUCUUGGGUGGUUCGAACUGAGUCGAAUGUUCGGAAACAUGUAAGGAAAAAGCCAGAUCCACCAUGUGUUGUCUGCCAAGGUACCGGACGAGUUGAUUGCUUCCAUUGUUAUGGAAAAGGCAGGACAAACCACGUCCAUCUAGCAAUGCUUCCCAAAGGAGAAUGGCCAAAAUGGUGCAAAACUUGUGGUGGUAGUGGCCUCGGCUACUGCUCCCGUUGCCUUGGAACUGGGGAGUACAGGUCUAGAAUGGGUUUCCAUUUCAUGAAGAAGGAUUCUGAUGACAAGAAGCCCAAAAUUCGAGCCAGCCAAGGAGCACAAACUGCAGCAGAUCGAUUUCUUUUAGGAGAGCAAUAGGACGCCAACCAGGAAAUAUGAAAACUGGAUACACAGCUUGAUACAUGUCAUAGGUUUGCAAGUACUAGGAAAACCUCCAAGCCUUCUCUUUACAAUAUAGAUUGAUAGAUUAAUAUAAUUUAUGUUGUACUUCUUCAAUGGAAGCAGUAUUUCCAGUUUCGAAUCUUAAAUUCUGCACAAUGCUAAUUGAAUUUGAGGCAGGUUUUCA